AUGGCGCAAGGUGGUGCAAAUGUUGCUGGCGGUGCAAAGGCAUUUGGUGGCGAUGGUUGGAAGUCACGUAGACGUUAUGAACUAUGGAAUCUGAAUUCUCUAGUAAUCGCCAUAUACUUGUGUAUUGGUAUGGAGCAGGAUAAUAUGCACAAUUCCACAGCUCACUAUCAGUACAAUCCCACAGCUCCCUAUCAGUACAAUCCCACAGCUCGCUAUCAGUACAAUCCCACAGCUCCCUGUCAGUACAAUCCCACAGCUCCCUAUCAGUACAAUCCCACAGCUCCCUGUCAGUACAAUCCCACAGCUCCCUAUCAGUACAAUCACACAGCUCCCUAUCAGUACAAUCCCACAGCUCCCUAUCAGUACAAUCCCACAGCUCGCUAUCCGUACAAUCCCACAGCUCCCUAUCAGUACAAUCCCACAGCUCCCUGUCAGUACAAUCCCACAGCUCCCUAUCAGUACAAUAUCACAGCUCCCUCUCCCUAUCAGUACAAUCACAUAGCUCGCUAUGCGUACAAUCCCACAGCUCCCUAUCAGUACAAUCCCACAGCUCCCUAUCAGUACAAUCCCACAACUCUAUAUCAGUACAAUCCCACGGCUCGCUAUCAGUACAUUCCCUCAGCUCCCUAUCAGUACAAUAUCACAGCUCACUAUCAGUACAAUCCCACUGCUCCCUAUCAGUACAAACCCAAAGCUCCCUAUCAGUACAAUCACACAGUUCCCUAUCAGUACGACCCCACAGCUCGCUAUCAGUACAAUCCCACUGCUUCCCAUCAGUACAAUCCCACAGCUCGCUAUCAGUACAAUCCCACCGCUCCCUAUCCGUUCAAUCCCACAGCUACCUAUCAGUACAAUCCCACAGCUCCCUAUCAGUACAAUCACACAGAUCGCUACCUGUACAAUCCCACAGCUCACUAUCCAUACAAUCCCACAGCUCCCUAUCAGUACAAUCCCACAGCUUGCUAA